AUGGCGGCGGUUGUGGUGGAUGCCGGCAGUUGUUUGUGCAAGGCAGGAUUUUCAGGCGAGGAUACCCCACGGGCUGUGUUCCCAUCUGUGGUUGGUCGCCUGCGGCAUCGCGUGGUCAUGGUUGGCGUGGACUUCCGGGAUGUUUAUGUUGGUGACGAUGCACUAGCAAAGAGAGGGAUGCUCAGCAUAAGAUACCCGAUUGAACGCGGCAUUGCAGUCAACUGGGAGGACAUGCAAUCGAUCUGGUCGCACAUCUUCUACAACGAGCUGGAGGUGUCCCCAGAGGAGUACCCCGUACUGCUGACGGAGCCCUCAGUGAGUCCGAAGGCCAACCAUGAGCAGCUGAUUCGGAUUAUGUUCGAGGCCUUCAAUGUUCCCUCUUUGCAUGUCGCCCUUCAACCGGUCUUGUCCAUGUAUGCUGUGGGCAGGACAACAGGGGUGGUGCUGCAAUCGGGCCACGGGGUCACCUGUGCAGUGCCAGUCUGUGAGGGAUUCUGCCUGCCUCAUGCGACCAAGUCUUUGCCUGUAGCUGGCCGUGAGCUUUCCGAGUACCUGGAGCAACUCCUCACCGAACGCGGUUUCUAUUUCAACUCGAGCCACGAGCGGGAGAUCUUGCAGGACAUGAAAGAAAAGUUGUGCUGGGUUGCUUUGGACUUUGAUGUCGCCAUGCGCCGUGCGGAAGAGGGCCAUGACGAAAAGAGCUUUGAGUUGCCAGGCGGAGCCACAGUCUCCAUCGGCUCCGCUGCUUUUCAAUGCCCGGAGCUGCUCUUCCAGCCGGGUCUUGGGGACUUGGGCGACCAGCGGGGGCUCGCGGAGCUGACCUUGGAGUCCAUCUUGAAGUGCGGGGCGGAGGUGCACGCAGAGCUCUUCUCCAACAUUGUGCUGGCUGGUGCGUCGACCCUCUUUCCCGGUCUGCCGGAGCGACUCCAGAGAGAACUUGGGUCCUUGGCGCCGGAUGCAGCGACCAGCGUGCUGGCUCCUGCCCAUAGAAAGCAUGGUGAGUGGCUGGGGGGUGCCACCAUCUCGUCUGUUUCUGCGUUUCAGCAGAUGUGGCUCACCAGGGAGGAGUAUGAUACCCUGGGUCCGGAAGAGAUUCAUGACCGCUGCAUGUACACAGUUGUCUGA